AUGGAAGAUGAUGAAGAUCCGGUCGAACUUCCUCAUCAGGGGGUAAAGAUAUUGUCGGAAGAUGAGAAGCAACGGUUAGAAGCUCAAAACUCUAGAAUUAUCCCUGAAGCAAAGGCAUUAAGGUUAGAAAGAGAAGCCAAAAGACAUUGGGACAUAUUUUACAAACGUAAUGAAACAAAAUUUUUCAAAGACCGGCAUUGGACAACACGUGAGUUUCAAGAACUUAUAAAUUUCGACGUAGAUCAGAAGAUUGUGUAUUUAGAAAUGGGUUGUGGAGUUGGCAAUAUGGUUUUUCCUUUGAUAGAAGAAGGAUUUUCAAACUUUUACUUCUACGCGUGUGACUUUUCACCACGUGCUGUGGAAUUUGUCAAAUCCAACAAACUUUACGAUGAAAAUAAAAUAAAAGCGUUCUGCGCUGAUCUAACUACCGACGAUAUCUAUGACAACGUGGAAAAGGAGAGCGUAGAUAUCUGCAGUUUAAUUUUCGUAUUAUCUGCUGUCCAUCCUGCUAGUUGGUCGCAAGUAGCCAAGUUGGCUUACAACGUGCUGAGACCCGGCGGAGUCCUUUUAUUCCGUGACUAUGGCAGAUAUGACAUGGCGCAGUUACGGUUCAAACCCGGACACAAGAUAUCUGAGAACUUUUACAUGAGGCAGGAUGGCACGAGGAGUUACUUUUUUACGGAUGAUGAACUGGCCCAUUUGUUUGUUGAAGCUGGAUUCGAAAUUCUCAUGAAUAAUUAUGUCCAGCGUCGGACGGUCAACUUCAAAGAAGGUAUUGAUGUGCCUCGUAUAUUUGUACAAGGAAAAUAUAAGAAGCCUGUAGCAGAUGAUCUUGGACUGGAGUGUUAA